GGAAGGAAGGGAUCGAGGAGGGCGGCGAGUGGGUUCGCGUGCUUCCGGGGCUGGGAGGGGCGAAGAUGAAGGCGUCGAAGAGGCCGAUCCAGGCGGUGGCGGCGUGGCUCCGCCGCCAGCCGCCGAAGGUGAAGGCGUUCCUCGCCGUCGUCUCCGGCAUGGCGGCGCUCGUGUUCCUCCGGAUGGUGGUCCACGACCACGACAACCUCUUCGUCGCCGCCGAGGCGGUCCACGCCCUCGGGAUCGCCGUCCUCAUCUACAAGCUCAGCAAGGAGAAGACCUGUGCAGGGCUGUCGCUCAAAUCACAGGAACUAACGGCUGUGUUUUUAGCUGUAAGACUUUAUUGUAGUGUGGUAAUGGAGUAUGAUAUCCAUACAUUACUCGAUUCGGCUACACUAGCCACCACUCUUUGGGUCAUCUACAUGAUUCGCUUUAAGCUGAGAUCGAGUUACAUGGAGGACAAAGACAACUUUGCUAUUUACUAUGUCGUGAUUCCAUGUGCUGUGCUAGCUCUAGUGAUUCACCCCUCGACACAUCAUCAUAUCAUUAACAGGAUUUGCUGGGCCUUUUGUGUUUAUCUUGAAGCUGUUUCGGUGCUACCCCAGCUCCGUGUCAUGCAGAACACAAAGAUUGUUGAGCCAUUCACAGCGCAUUAUGUUUUUGCACUGGGAGUAGCGAGGUUUUUGAGUUGUGCCCAUUGGGUACUCCAGGUACUGGACACAAGAGGAGGCUUACUGACGGCACUGGGGUAUGGACUGUGGCCUUCCAUGGUCCUCCUGUCCGAAAUAGUCCAGACUUUCAUUCUUGCUGAUUUUUGCUACUACUAUGUCAAAAGUGUCUUUGGUCGACAACUCGUUGUACUUCUCCCCUCUGGAGUGUUGUGAACGAUGUUAAAAUAUACAGGAAGAAUUCAGGGACCAUUAUAGAUUUAUACCAUCAAAAGAUGGUAGCUACUCCUGUCUAGUUCCUUUUGCACCUCCUCCUGUCAGACCAUUAUAGAUUUUUCUUUUCUUUUCUUUAUCUGGUGGAUGUUGAGUUGAGGAUGCAUUACCAUCUGGUACAUAAAAUUUUCCGUAGAACUUGUGCAGAUUGGCUUCCUGAUGUUGGCAUUUGAUAUUUGUUUCGAUGUUGCCAACUGUGGAGAUCUCCUGAUAGAUUAAUGUACAGCUUAGAGGCUUUUCUGAGUCCA